AUGAUUCCUAACGGAGCUAUCGUCUCCUGUCCAUCCCUCCGUUCUUGUUGUGAAUUAGGUCGUGCCCAUAUGGCGUUUGUGGAACGUUUGGUGACAGAGGGGGAAGGUGAUCCAUAUCGGGAAAUGAUUGGCCUAGUCACUCUGGAAGAUGUGAUCGAAGAAAUUAUUCAGGCAGAAAUCGUGGAUGAGACGGAUAUUUUGAGUAAGUCAGUGCAUUUCAUUUUGAAAACACAAUGGUUCGUCCAGUGA